AUUUAAGGUAGACAAUGUAGGUGAUGCGAAUCGAAAAUGCUUGCAGAGCUAUUUUCGAGAGUCCUGAGUUUCGCCGGUACCCUGUUCGUUUAGUCUGAUAAGAUUUCCCAAAUCUGCAACGUAGUCAACCCAUUUGAUCAUCUCACUCUUUAUUCCUAGAUCAAGAGUUGGGACGGAUUAGUCCCUUAGCACUGGCCUGUAUAAAGCAAGCCCAAAAUCUAAAAAAUGGUGUUAGCAGAAUUAGGAAGGAAAAUAACUUCUGCCCUUCGAUCUUUGGGCAAUGCAACAAUAAUUAAUGAAGAUGUUUUAAACAGUCUACUCAAAGAGAUAUGCACUGCUCUAAUCGAAGCCGAUGUAAAUAUUCGUCUGGUUAAACAAUUACGAGAAAAUGUUCGUGCAGUGAUUGAUUUCGAUGAAAUGGCAGCUGGAUUAAAUAAGCGUAAAAUAAUCCAAUCGGCUGUAUUCAAAGAAUUAGUUCAUUUGGUCGAUCCACAAGUUAAAGCUUGGCAACCGUCAAGAGGUUCUUCAAAUGUGAUUAUGUUAGUCGGUUUACAGGGUAGUGGUAAAACAACUACCGCCACGAAAUUGGCCUACUUUUAUCAAAGAAAAGGAUGGAAAACAUGUAUGAUUUGUGCAGAUACAUUUCGUGCUGGUGCUUUUGACCAGUUGAAGCAAAAUGCUACAAAGGCUAGAAUCCCGUUUUAUGGUUCUUAUACUGAAACUGAUCCAGUUGUUAUUGCACGAGAUGGUGUGCAGAAAUUUUCAGAUGAAAAAUUUGAAAUCAUUAUCGUAGAUACUAGUGGUCGACAUAGACAAGAAGAUUCAUUGUUUGAGGAAAUGCUUCAGGUUUCAAAUGCUAUUGAACCAGAUCAUGUGAUAUACGUGUUGGAUGCAUCAAUUGGUCAAGCGUGUGAAGCACAGGCUAGUGCAUUCAAAGCUAAAGUAGAUGUAUCAUCAGUUAUUGUCACUAAAUUAGAUGGUCAUGCUAAAGGUGGUGGUGCUUUAAGUGCAGUUGCAGCUACACACAGUCCAAUUACAUUUAUUGGAACUGGUGAACAUAUAGAAGAUUUUGAACCGUUUAGAGUUCAACCAUUUGUACAAAAGCUGUUAGGUCUAGGUGAUUUAGAAGGUUUAGUUGAACGUGUGACGGAAUUAAAAUUAGACGAAAAUGAAGAAUUAGUGAAAAAGUUGAAGCAGGGCGUUUUCACCUUACGUAAUAUGUAUGAACAAUUUCAAAAUAUCUUAAAAAUUGGCUCAUUCUCUCAAGUUCUAUCAGCUAUUCCGGGUCUUGGACAAGAUCUAUUAGCUAAUGAUCAGGAAAGUCAUCUACGCUUAAAACGUCUUAUGACAAUCAUGGAUAGUAUGAAUGAUUAUGAAUUAGACUCUGAUGAAGGAGGUCGUCUAUUCAAUCGACAACCUGGUCGAACACUUCGUGUUGCUCGUGGUGCCGGUGUUAGUCAAGCUGAAGUGAAACUUCUUCUAACACAACAUAGUAAAUUCUACAUGGUUAUUAAAAAAAUGGGUGGUAUUAAAGGACUCUUUCAAACUGGACCUAAAGGUGGUGCUGGUAUUGGAGGAAUGGGUGGUGCAGCAGCUGGUGGUGCAGGUGGUCCAGGUGGUAGUGGCAGUGGAAAUACACCAAGUCUAGCGGAUAUGGCAGCCGCGUCAAGAUCUGUCAGUGCUGGUCAAAUGGCUAAAUUGAAUCAAUCGAUGGCUAAAGUACUCGAUCCACGUAUCCUACAACAAAUGGGUGGUAUGGCUGGUCUACAGAAUAUGAUGCGUCAAUUACAAGCUGGUGGAGGGUUUGGACCUUUCGGUGGUGGUGGUCGGUUAGGUUAGCAUGGGGAAUGGAAUAGUAGUGUGGUGUGUUUGUUGUUAUAUAUUGUACUCAUUGUACUUAACUCUCUCUCUCCUUUGAAGAAAAAAACAACACUGUCUUUCUGUAAAACAACAUAUUCUAAUGUCAUGUAAUCAAUCAUCACAUACAUAUAUAUUCCUCCCAAAAAGAAUACUACUCUACUGGGUCGUGGUGGUGGUGGUGGUGGUGAGUGGUCAACAACGCUUGUGUACAUACCCAAUAAAUGCACUUGUAUGCCUAACUUAUUGAGAAUAUCCUUUCUUUGUUUUGUUUUGUUUUUGGUCUCUGAAUUUCGGGAGGAUUAGACAAUUUUUCUGCUUACCACCACUGCUACCUGCUACCUCGAUUGAGAAUAUCGAUGAUAAUAAUGAAGAUGAGGUUAAUAAUGCUGAUUUGAAUUGAAACUCACCUACUUCCAAAUAUUUUUUUUCUUCAGUUGUGUGUAAUUGUGAUUAUUUUGUGAAUAAUUUGUCUUUUGUGUAGAAACAGUUGGGUAAUAACAGUAAUGAUAAUAAUAAUAAU